ACUAUUUAUUUGUCUGUUUCUCAUGCAUAAUAAAUAAUAAACUACGAAAUAACACGUAACUAAAAUUUUGCGUGUUAUUAAAUAUUACUUUGUAAUUGCAUUAUCCCGAGAUAUAAGUGAAAUAAUUAUUUAACAGUGAAAAAUAUACCUAUUUGAUUAUAAAAAAAAUGGAACCUCAAUACAACAGUAAAAGUACAGCUGUGAAACGUUUAAUGAGAGAAGCAAUAGAGUUGUCAGAGCCAACAGAUGAAUACAGUGCUCAUCCAUUAGAAGACAAUUUAUUUGAAUGGCACUUUACUAUGCGUGGUCCACAGGCAUCAGAGUUUGAUGGUGGUAUUUAUCAUGGUCGUAUAUUAUUACCAACUGAAUAUCCCAUGAAGCCACCUAACAUAAUACUAUUAACUCCAAAUGGUCGAUGGGAAACAAACAAAAAAAUAUGCUUAAGCAUUUCCAGUCAUCAUCCAGAAACUUGGCAACCGUCAUGGUCAAUUAGAACAGCUCUAUUAGCAUUGAUUGCGUUUAUGCCAACUAAUGGCCGAGGUUCAUUGGGAGCUCUUGAAUAUACGCCUGAAGAAAGACUAAGUUUGGCUAAAAAGUCUCGGAAUUGGAUUUGUGAAUGUUGUGGUCAGGUAUCUAAUUUAUUAGCUAAUAAUAAAGCAAAACCUUUGACAAAAGAAGAAAGUGAACUCAUAAAAAGUGUAACAUUUAAGGGAGAAGAAGCAGCUGAAAAAGUCUCCAAACCAUCUGACCAACAAAAACAGGAAAUGGAAGCAAUCAAUGAAGAACCAGUAGUAAAUAAUAUUUCACCCAACUUUUUAAAAGACGCAUUAUGCUCAGAUAUUGGAAUGUACCUUAUAUAUUUAAUUAUUGCACUCAUUAGUAUAUUAGUAGCACGACGUUUCUAUAGUGCUUAAUUUUAUUAUCUUAAUCAUUUAUUUUACUACAACUAUUAUCAACUAUUAUUAAAUUAUUUAAACAAAACAUUUUACCAAAAAUAUAUAAUUAUCCAAUAAAACAUUUAUUAAUUAGUUAAAAGAUUUACUAUGGACACCACUCUGCACUGUAGAUAUUUUGAUAAGGUAGUUAUUGUUUGAUUACAUCUAUACAAAACACUAUGAAAAUGUUUAUUAAUAAAUAUCUAAGGUUUAACUGGA